AUGCCGUUCCUACGGCUCCUACACGCCCGCGUACCUACCACGAGCGCCGAAACCCUCCGAUACACCCUCCUCCGCCCUCGGCGACCCUUGAACGCCCGCUUCUCGUCGAACAAACCGCCGUCCUCGUCUCCGGACCUGACACCUAAGCAGCAGAGCCGCUUCGACCGGAUCCUGACGCGGACGCAGCGCUGGCUGCCCAAGCGCUUCCAUCCGACGCUGCAGAACUUCCGGGCCGCGCCGGGCAGCCAUGUCGUCGCUUUCCUACUAGUACACGAGAUCACGGCUGUCCUGCCCAUCUUUGGCCUGGUCACCGCCUUCCGGUACUAUGAUGUCGUGCCCGCCGGCUACGUCUUCGGCCCGUGGGCGCCGUACGUGCAGGAGGGAGCCUUCAAGUUCCUGAGGUGGUUCAGGAGGAAGGGCUGGUUUGGACUCGGGGACGAAGACACCCAGGAGGGCGAGAGGAGGCUGGAGGAGGAGCUGGGCCGGGAGGCAGACCGGGAACGGGAGAGGAGCAGAGGGAAUCCCGCGGGUGCUUGGGCCUUCUUGGGCAGAUUACGAGGGAGCUCUAGCAAGGAGGACGCGCAGACUGUGGAGAUGGUUGAGCAGGCAAGAAGUAAGACCAGCCGGGCUGUAGAGAUGGUGCGGGAGAAGGCGACCCUGAAGAACACCGAGUCUGGCUACAAGCUUGGCGUUCAGCUGGUGGCCGCGUACGCCAUCACAAAAGUUUUGCUGAUCCCGAGGAUAGCUUUCUCACUUUGGGCAACACCCUCGGCUGCGAGGGCUAUGAUUUGGGCUAGAAGGGCUCUGUUUAGGCGAUAG